GUCAGCCAACCAGACCACAUCCCCAAGCCUCCCCUUGCUCGAGCUCCCUCCUACCCUCUCCUCGCCGGCCGAGAAUCCCCACCUCUGCGCCGAUCAUCUACCAACGCGGCGCCGGCGCCGGCGCCACCGACGCCGACGCCGACGCCGACGCACGGAGAUUCAAAUGUCCGCUGCCGCAUCCUCCUUGCUGCGCCCGGCGCCGAAGUGGGGCGGCGCGCCGUCGCACCGCCGGCUCGUGGAGGAGCACCUGGCCUCGCUCCCGCACGGCCUCCCACGCCUCCGCCACGUGCAGGAGCUCCACGCGCAGCUCCUCAAGCAGGGGCUCCACCGGGACCCGCAUACCGCGUCCAAGCUCAUCGCUUCCUACGCGCUCCUCCGCCGGGUCCCCGCCUGCCGCUGCGUCUUCUCUGCCGCCGUGGCGCUCCCGAACAGCCCGUUCCCCUCCAGCACUACCUUGCUCACCAAGACACUCCUCCGCGCCUACGCGCUCAACUCCCUUCCCCACGCCGCGCUCGCCGUGUUCUUGGACGUGCCGUUGCGCCAGCGGGGCACAUUCACCUACUCCUUCCUCAUCAAGGCGCUCGCCGCUGCGGGCCUCACGCCAGUCCGCGGGGCGCAUGCGCACGUCGUCAAGCUCGGGUCCGCCGAGGACACCUUCGUUGGAAAUGCGCUGAUCGACGCCUACUCCAAGAACCAGGGGCUAUCUGACGCGAAGAAGGUGUUCGACGAAAUGACGACACGAGACGUUGUGUCCUGGAACACGGCCAUGGCCGCAAUGGUGCGGCAAGGGGAGGUGGACGCAGCAAGGAGCAUGUUUGACGAGAUGCCCGAGAAGGACACGGUGAGCUGGAACACAAUGCUGGAUGGCUAUGCCAAAGCUGGGGAGGCAGAGAAGGCCUUCGAGCUGUUCCAGCGCAUGCCGGGGAGGAAUGUGGUGUCCUGGUCGACUGUGGUGUCAGCCUACUGUAAGAAGGGUGACAUGGAGAUGGCGCGGGUUAUAUUUGAUAAGAUGCCGGCCAAGAACUUGGUGACAUGGACCAUAAUGGUCUCAGCAUGCGCUCAGAAGGGGCUUGUGGAGGAAGCAGGCAGGUUGUUUACUGAGAUGAUGGAUGCUGCCAUUGAGCUUGAUGUAAUUGCAGUUGUGAGUAUACUGGCUGCAUGUGCUGAAUCUGGCUCCCUUGCCCUUGGUAAGAGGAUUCACCGGCAUGUGCGCCAGAGGAAGCUGAGUAGAUCAACCCUGGUAUGCAAUGCCCUGAUGGACAUGUUCUGCAAGUGUGGAUGUGUUAACCGAGCCGACUACAUAUUUGACACUGAGAUUGUUGAAAAGGAUUUAGUGUCAUGGAACAUUAUAAUUGGAGGGUUUGCAAUGCAUGGCCCAGGUGAAAAGGCGCUGGAACUCUUCGCACAAAUGAAGCAGCAAGGCUUUCACCCCGAUGCUGUGACACUCAUCAAUGUUCUCAGCGCUUGCACGCACAUGGGGCUUGUGGAAGAAGGACGGAGGUUCUUUGCCAACAUGGAGACAGACUAUGGCAUUAAGCCUCAGAUAGAGCAUUAUGGUUGUAUGGUCGAUCUUCUUGGCCGUGGAGGGCUCAUUAAGGAGGCUGUUGACAUGAUCAAAAGGAUGCCCUGGGAGCCUAAUGAGGUCAUAUGGGGGUCCUUGCUCAGUGCAUGCCGACUGCACAAGAAUGUGGAGUAUGCAGAACUGGCAGUGAACGAGCUGAGCAAUUUGCAGCCCUCAAGUGCAGGGAACUACGCUGUCUUGUCGAACAUCUAUGCAGAGGCUGGGAAGUGGAGCGAUAUGGCGAAGGCAAGGGUGCAGAUGAAAGGAACAGGGUCUCAGAAAACAGCUGGUUCAAGCUGGAUAGAACUUAAUGAGGCGUUCCACGAAUUCACAGUUGGGGACAGAAAGCACCCAGAGUCUGACCAGAUAUCUGAUAUGAUAGAUAGGCUGAGUUCGCAUGUUAAGUUUGUUGGCUGUGUUCCGGUUGGCCAUGAACUGUUUGUUCAGUGAGUGAUAGACAGACUACAUGAGAGAGGUCCGGAGAAGGGAUAAACCGAUGUAAGUUUUUCCCUGCAAAUGUGGUGCAAAUGUGGAGAGACUGUUUCC